GAUGCCUAAAACCGUGCCCUAAAAAAAAAUCGCCCCGGGCUGUAGAGGCGCUCGACCAAAAACGGCUUUUCAGCGACGGCUGUAUCACCAGCGCUACCGCCCCCAUGAGCGUCACAGUGACGCACCAGGGCCGGCGCGCCAAGAUCGCGUUAGGCUCGGCGCACGUCGCCGUCAGAGAAGUAGUGGCACGGGCCAAGGCCCACUUUGGGCUCGAGGGCUCGUUCGGCCUGCGGACGACGCGGGGCCGGCGCGCGGACGUCCCCGACGCCACGGCUUGGGCCCAUACCGGGCUCUCCAACAAUUGCGAGCUGGAGCUCGUCCGCCGGGCGGCCGGCGGCGGCGGCGCCGUCCGCGUCGCCGCGGCGGUCUCGCACAUGGGCUCGGCGCCGCGGACCGUGUCGUUCGCGGUCGACGCGGGCACGUCGCUGGCCGCGGUCGUCGAGCGCCUGGUGGCCGAGGGCGCCGCGCCGCCGGACCCGCUGCGCCGCGCGCCGACGGUCCGGGUCAUGCGGGAUCGAUUCGCGGGCGAGGACCUCGGGCGGACGCUCGGGGACCUCGGCUACGGCGGCGGCGCGGCCGUGCGCCUCCACGUGGAAUUGGGAGCGCUCGCCGAUGGCGCCGCGCCGCCCGAGAAGCGGCCGCGCGACGAGGCGGCACCCGCCGUUGCGGCGGCGGCGGCGGCGAGGCCAAUCGUUGCGUCGCCCACAGAGCCGCCACAACCCGCAGCGCCGCAGCCGCCGUCCGCGCCGCCGCCGCCCGCGCCCUCGCCGCCGCUCCGCGACCCGCUUCCCGACGCCGUUGCUGGGGUGGCGGCCGCGGGUCCGGCGGGCCGCGACUGUGCUGUGGUCCUCCUCAAGUACGUGGAGGCGGUCCUCCGCCAACCGAGCCUCCCUCGCGUGCGCGCGAUCCGCGCCGGGAACGCGGCGUUUGCGGGCCGCGUCGCGCCCGCCGGCGGCGUCGCGGUGCUCUCCGCUCUCGGAUUCCACGAGGAACGGCGCGGCGGCGAGCCCUGGCUCGUGCUGUGCGACGCCGGCGCGCGCGACGCCGCACGUCUGACCCGCGCGCUCGACAUGCUCCGCCCGCUCGCUGCGCCGGGGGCUCCGGCGCCGGCCUUCGACCCGUUCGCGACGCAUCGCGUUGACCUGCGCGGCGGGCCGGCGGGGCCCGCGGCGCCGGCGGAAUCCGAGGCCGAGCGCCGCGCGCGCGAGCUGCGGGAGCGGGCCGCGGCGCUCGAGGGCGCCUGCGCGGCACCAGACCGCGAAGUUCGGAUCGUGUCGGUGGCCGCCGGGGCGCGGGCCGCGGCAGCGCGCGCGGCGGCGGCCGCGCCGGCAGCCGGCGACAUGCCGCGCGGGGACGCGGGCGUCGUCGCAAGGGCGGCGGCCGCGCGAGAGCGCGCCCGUCGCCAGGCCGACGACGCGCCGCUGACGACGCGGGCGAUGCGCGACGUCGCCGCGCUCGAAAAGACGCGCGUCUACGACCGUUGCGUGCUCAGGGUCGAGUUUCCCGACCGAGCGUGCCUCACGGCGCGCUUCCAUCCGCGCGAGCCCUGCUCCGCCGCUUACGCAGUCGUCGCCGCAGCGGUCCGGCCGGGCCUCGUCUUCUCGCUCUUCGCGGCGCCGCCGCGGAGGGACCUCCCGCGCGACGGGACCGCAAGCCUGCUGGACCUCGGGUUGGUGCCAGCCGCGCGGGUCUUUAUUAGCUUUGCCGGCGGCCACAGUUCUUCCGCUGACGUGCUAUCUGAAGCAAGCCUGAGGCGCAUGGACUGCGACGCGGCCGAGGACGCCGUCCCCGAGUCGCUUCCCGUCGUGCCAGGUGGUGGUUGCGAGGCCGCCGGCCCGCUGGCCGCCGGCGGUACCGGCAAGAAGCGUGGGAAGCCGUCGUGGUUGAAGACCUGAUCGUGUCUUGUGCUCAAGAUCGGAAUGCCGCCGGCCCGCAUUGUAGCCUGUCGUGUAUAGACCCUUAUUCGCAGACCCGAUGCCCGGGCACUAAAAAUUGAGACUCGGAUCCGACCUCGCCGACUCGGAUCAAGUAGUGUCUAGUAGAGGCCUCGGACUCCUAUUUCUACUACACAUACAUACGUUACAAGACUAGUGAAGGCCCCGGCCAUGUUGGGCGGGCUAACCGUGCCCUGCGGGAGAACACUCGCGGGUGCUAGCGACCGGCCGGACGACGGGACCUUCCUGUGAAGUUUCUGAGGUCCGCGACCCUCGGAUUAAUGAAGUAGGCGUCACAGACGUUCCUGAUUUCGGGCGGACAGUACGAAAAAAGGUACCGAAGGUUAGCUUGGUCCAGAAGGAACCGACGGGCUUCGCUAUUCUUCGCCUUAUGCUCAGAAAUUUGGAGCUCCUCGACCACCAUCCUAAGAGCCUUCUCCCUGCUCGGUCAGGAUGCCCAACCGGAGCUUCGAAAUAGCAAUAAGGUAUCUAUACACAGUAUUCUCAGUCUCGUGAGGUAAAACGUCACCCAUUAAGAAGUUGCAAUGACCUUCGAGGCUCAAACCACGUGCGACAGGAAAGCGCGAGGUUUCGCAAAUACAACGCACCAUUCCUCGACGAACCACGUCCAGAACCACUCUCCAACACCAGGCCGUCGGACUAGUAGUUAUUUCAAUUUAUUUGAAAU